AUGGCGUGGCAACCAGAACCAGCACAGCUCGCCGAGCUGGCUCAGUAUCUUCGGAACUCUCUGAGCGGCCAUGAUCCCACUGCGCAGAAGAAGGCGGAGAUGAUGCUGAGGCAAGCCAAGCAAGUCCCCGACUUCACGAACUAUCUCACGUAUCUGGCUGUGACGAGCUCGAACAACACAGGCUUAUCUCAGGAGUCAUGGCAUUCUGCCAGGAGCGCAGCUGCCAUUGUGCUGAAGAACAGUGUCAAGUCUUCCUUCAGCUCGAUCAGUGGCGCCAGCAGAGAGUACAUCAAAUCUACAAUUAUGCAGGGCUUGCAAGACCCGAACACGCAAAUCCGGAGCUAUGUUGGCAACGUCAUCACUGAGAUUGUGCGGCAAGGCAAAAUCACCGGAUGGCCGGACGCGCUGCCGGAACUUGUCGCCAUGGUUGAGAAUUUGGACGGCCAGACAAGCUCAGAAGCCCAGGAUGGCGCGAUGGGAGCCAUCUUCAAGAUCUGCGAAGACAAUCGGAAAGCUCUCGACUCGCAUUACGAGAAUCAACGACCACUCGCAUAUCUGCUCCCAAAGCUGCUCAACUUCUCUGCUUCAAGCAACCACAAGGUCAGAUCGAAAGCACUCGCAUGCAUCAACGUCUUCUUUGCGGACCCGAUUGCAAUCUCCGUGCGCGAGAACAUAUCGACGAUCUUACCGCACAUCGUGCGACUCACCACCGACGAGAACGAAGAAGUCCGACGCUUCGUUUGCCGGACGUUUGCUCUGAUCGCCGAUGGGAUGCCGGAAGUGCUGGUAGCGGAUAUCGAAGGCAUCGUGUCAUACACACUAUCUCAGCAGCGACAACAGCAGAGUCCCGAGCUUGCCCUGGACGCAGCAGAGUUGUUCUUCGAGGCGAGCAACAACAACGCUCUCAAAAAUGCUUUGGGACCAUAUCUCAGUUCGAUCGUUCCUGUACUGCUCGACUGCAUGGUCUACAGCGAAGACGACCAGCUGCGGCUCGAGGGUGACGAGGAUGAUGCAGAUGCCGAAGACGAAGCGAAAGACAUCAAACCUUCAUUCGCCACUUCGAAGACCAGUCGCAGUGGUGUUGCCGGCACCUCUACACCACAGGCUCCAAACGGCCAAGCAAAACCUUCAAUCAACGGGUAUGCUUACGAGGAAGAUGACCUGAGCGAAGGCGAGAUCGAAGAAGACGACGAUCUCGACUUCGACCCCGAGGAUGAGUGGAAUCUUCGAAAGUGCUCUGCAGCCGCGCUCGACAGUCUUGCGCAGUACUUCGGCCGACCUGUGUUCGAAAUUUCACUACCCUGGAUGCAAGACAACCUGCAGAACAAAGACUGGCCAAAUCGAGAAGCUUCUGUACUCGCACUGGGAGCUAUCGCAGCUGGUUGCGCUCAGGAUGUUGAGCCUCAUCUACCGAACCUCGUCCCGUACAUGCUCUCCCUCCUCAAGGAUCAGCAACCGGUCGUUCGUCAAAUCACAUGCUGGACGCUGAGCCGAUUCGUAAGAUGGGCAGCGAAGCUUGACGAUGCUGGCAAGAAGCAGUUCUUUGAGCCGAUGGUCGGCGGUGUCCUGGAGCGAAUGCUGGACAAAAACAAGAAGACCCAAGAGUCUGCAGCGUCCGCGUUUGUGGUACUCGAAGAGGCAGCCAACACGCAGCUCACACCCUACUGCGAGGUCAUUGUGCAGCAGUUUGUCAGAUGCUUCCAACAGUACAAGGACAAAAACAUCUACGCGCUCUACGACUGCGUGCAGACAUUGGCGGAGUACGCUGGGCCGACCUUAGCCCAACCGCAGCUGGUGGACAUGCUUAUGCCAGCCUUGAUCGACCGAUGGAACAAGGUUCAGGACCAGUCGAGAGAGAUGUUCCCGCUGUUGGAGUGCCUAGCUUUUGUUGCGACUGCUCUCGGACAAUCCUUCGCACCGUUUGCUCAGCCGCUCUUUCAACGUUGCAUCCGCAUUCUGGCAUCGAACUUGGAGGAGAGCGCGAACGCACCCAGCUCUUCACGGUUCGAUCAGCCUGACAAAGACUUUUUAGUGACGAGUCUGGACCUUCUCAGCUCGAUCAUCCAAGCCCUCGAAGAGCCGCAGAGCCGAGAGCUUGCCACUACAGCCCAACCGAACAUGUUUCAGUUACUCGCCUACUGCAUGAGUGACCCAAACAACGAUGUCCGCCAAUCAGCUUACGCCCUCCUAGGCGACUGUGCAAUCUACAUCUUCCCCCAGCUGCAGCCUCAUUUGCCGGUCUUGAUGCAGGUCCUCAUCGCUCAGCUUGAUCUCACACAAGCGCAGGAAGAUCCCGAGACCGCGUUCAGAGUCAUUAACAACGCCUGCUGGUCCUGCGGUGAGAUCGCGAUGCGUCAAGGGCCUGGCAUGGAACCUUAUACCGGCAAGCUGCUCGACAAGCUCGGCAUCAUCAUGUUCCACGAGAAUGUUCCAGAGUCACUCAACGAGAACGCGGCCAUUGCGCUGGGGCGGCUUGGCAUAGGAUGCCAUGCACAACUGGCGCCGCAUCUCAAGACCUUCGCCAUUCCCUUCUUGCGGUCUAUGCAGAAGGUCGGCUGGACAGAUGAGAAGGGGCACGCGUACAAGGGCUUCAGCCAGGUUGUGCUUCAGAACCCAGGCGAUCUCGAGAACGGCCUCCUGGAUUUCUUCACGGAGAUGGCGCAUGCGCCAGGAGUCUUUCUGACUGGCAUGCGAGAGGACGGACCACUUCAGAGCUUUGAACAGGUGCUCGCCGUGUACAAGCGCAUGAUCGGCAAUGGGUGGGACAACUUUCUGCACAACCUGCCACCGCCCUCUGAACAGGCUUUGCGCCAGCUCUACGCUUUUUAA